AUGCAUCUUACUGAAUCUCACGCAGUUCAAAUCUCAGUAGUCUGUAUUCUUCGCCAUUUAUCCUACUGGAAUUUUUUUUUUGAAAAAAAAAAACGAUAUCGCUGUUCUCAUUGCAAUUUGUAUCCAAAGGACACUGUGAUGUUGUUCGUCGGAGGGCUUUUCGUCGCCUGCACUAUUGAGCACCGUAAUCUGCAUCGGCGUAUCGCCCUAUCGGUUCUCAAGGUCGUGGGCAGUGAUCCCAAAAUGCUAAUGCUUGGGGUCAUGCUACCCACGUGGUUUCUGUCAAUGUGGAUGAGCAACACGGCCACGACGGCCAUGAUGAUCACCAUCGUGGAAGCCGUGAUCAUCAGUAUGGAUGCUAUAGAGGUUGGUGAGUGA